AUUCAAUUGUUAUGGAUAAAUAUGUUUUGUUUGGUGAAUAACCAGUUAAAUACCAAAGCAUAAACUCAGCGCAGUGAAUGUUAUUCAUUUGUUGCUCCUACGUCCUACAUCGUCCUACAACAUGGUUAAAAAUAUUAAUUAUAUUUUAUCAAUAUUUUUGGUGUUAAUUUGUAUUGGUUGUAUAUACGCUACACCUAAGGAUGAGUGUUUGGAAGAAAUGUUCAAAGCUGGUUUAGUAAAUAAAAAUAAAGAUGAAACGUCCAAUGCUGAUUUAGUAGAUAAGGAAAAAGAUGAAACGUCCAAUGCUGAUUUAGUAGAUAAGGAAAAAGAUGAAACGUCCAAUGCUGAUUUAGUAGAUAAGAAAAAAGUUGAGUAUUUAAAUUAGAUCUUUGAAUAUCAAAACUAUUUUUCAUAGUAUUUUAGUAUGCCAUUCAAUGUUUUUAUGUUUUUUCUUAAGAGCAUGCUAUACAGCAAUUUGUUGUCUCCGUCUUGCAAGUGCUUUAUAUUGCAAAUUUACGUUCAGAAGAUAAGGAUUAACUCGGUUGGUUUAAAAAUUAAAGUGAAUCGACCAAAUAUGAAACUUGAUGGCGAGAACAUUAACUGUGUUCGUAUGUUGGUUCUUUUUUAUGAUUGUCAGUUCUUAAGUUCAAGUGCCCACGAAUAAUAUUUCUAAAUUAUAAAAAAAAAUAAG